GGUGUAUUUUUGGCGCGGCGGGUAUUGACACACUGUGUCCCUCCGCCCUAGCAGACACCCGCAUUCCCACAUGCCGACACAGUCGUCCGUCCACCAGCCAUUGACUAAUUUUGGAUCCGUCGACCGGGAGGUCUGAGAGUUGGGGAGAGGCGAGCGGGAUUGUUUCUGCGUCUUUUUGAAGGGAUAUUCUGAAGGAACAUGGCCAACGCGAACGGGUUGGACGAUUCUGCGAGUGGUGACACCGUGGCCCUGUCCUAUCUGUGCAAGUCAGAUCCGGAGUAUGCAAAGUACUCGUCCCUGUAUGAUGCCGCCAUUGGUGGACAUGAAGACAAGGUGGAAAAGUUCCUGAAGGAUGGGUUAAAUGUGAACUAUCAGGACCCGGAUGGGGACACGGUACUUCACAUGGCGGCCAGCACCAACAACAUCCACGUGGUCGAGAUCCUGCUGAGGGCCGGGGCAGAUGUCAACGCAAAGAACAAAGCAGGAUGUUCUAUUCUGUACGAGGCCGCACAGGGGGGUGACGUGGCCGUUGUGAGGGCCAUCCUAGACAAGGGCGCAAACUUCAAGGAGAAAGACAAGUACGGCGACACAGUGCUGCACAAGGCUGCUAACUGGGGUCAACAUGAGGUCGUCGCGGAACUCUGCCGCGCAGGAGCCCCCAUAAACGGAAAGAACAUGAAAGAAAGCACACCCCUCCACGAAGCUUGCUCAGGAGGUCACCUAGAAGCUGUGGAGGUUUUGAUAGAGAACAGGGCAGACGUCAACGCACAGAUGAAGUACGGCUACACACCCCUCCACAAGGCUGCCAUGGGCGGACAUGAACUUGUUGUCGACGCCUUGCUGAAGGGAGGGGCGCAGGUCAACCUCCAAAACGAAUACGAACAGACACCUCUGCAUAUCGCCGCGAAAAAGGGCAAGCGCAAGUCUGUCAGAGUGCUACUCAAGCACGGGGCAGAUCCAACCAUCAAGAACGAGGAUGGCGAAACUCCCAUGGAAAAUACACAAGACGAGGAAAUCCGAGAGAUAUUGCUAUCAGCUAAAACCUAACAGAGGGAGACGCCCCGGUAGAUAUGACCAGAUCUCUGGACGACGAAACUAUCCAGCUGAUGCGUAGUGCUGCCGGGAGACGCUAACAAAAAUAGAUUGCUUGGCCUGACCUUACAGUUCGGUUAUGGGGGGAGGGACUAUAUAGCUCUUAUAAACGUAGUUAUGCAUCGGUUUAGUUUACAGAUAUACAAUAUGUAAUCUCAAAGCAGAUCUUUGGGUCAAUUUUGCAAGGUCUUGAAAUCAUCAGAUUGGCCAAGUAGUAUACAAUACAUUGUACGUCUCAUGGCUACAGGUGGCUAAUAUUAUAAUGUACUAGCAAACUCCCCUUGCCCCAGAGAAUCUGCUUGUAGAUUAUGCAAUACGUUUCUCACAGCGACUGAUCUAGAGUAGACCGUCCAGUUAUCAUUUAAUAUUGUCUGGUGGAAAGUAAUGGAUUAGCUUAAGUUUAUAUUUUCUUAAAUUUAACCGAGCAAUAUAUCAGUAUGUAAAUUGAUUUGAACUUUUGUGUCUCUAAAGUAUUAUCAUGGAAAAAAAAACGUCGUUAAAUCUUGUAAGUUUGUUUUGAAAAUACUGUGGAAAAUAUUCAUGUGUUUGGGUGGCAUGUAAUGGGGGAGGGGGGCAAAUACAGGUGGGGAAAUACAGGUGAGAUGAGCGCCAAACUAGAAAAAGAAUAGAACAUAGAACAGAACAUAGAACAAAACAUAGAACAGAACAUAGAAUAGAACAUAGAACAGAAAAUUCACAAUAUCAAAUCCUUAAAGAAAGAUCAAGACAUGGAUCUUAGACUUACCACUCUAUAGAUGACAUUUAAACGUAUGAGUAUGACGCAACAAAGUCCUCAGCAGACCAUAAUAUUCUUUGUAAACAGACCAUAAUAGCCUUCGUAAACAGACCAUAAUAUUCUUUGCUACUUCUGGCGUUACGCUAGUGAUCCGACGAUUCUUGUAACAUUAAUUCUUUAGAUUUUAAAAACACUGCAACGUGGAUUUUGCAAUGCUAAAUGGAAGGGCCACAGUUAUGUUGUGAAGUUUGAAGGGUGAAGUUUGUGUGGGGCGCCACCUAGCAAGUGCUAAUGGUACGACAGCUAGGCUUUACAUUUUGUUUCACAACGUAUUGUUUUUGUGCGUAUUAGUGUCAUUAUUAUUCUAUAAGUGCACAUCGACAACUUUCUUAAUUCAACACAAAGAAAACUUUUGGGGUAAUUCUUUUUAAGUCUCAUAUUCCUAAGAUUAAGAAUCUGUGGCAUUCUAAAGCUUUGGAAAUGGAAAAAGUUAUACAUGUAUUGUGGUUGGUGAAAAGAAAAUUUGUGUAGUAUCUGCCAAAAUGCACUUGUUUCUUUCUGUAGAAUUGUGGAAAUGAUGAAAUUAAGUAAAAGAUGAUUCAGUGUUAUUCUAUAGUACGUGUGCCCUCAUAUUAAUCAAUAUAUGGCUAAACUUUGUAAAUUAAAACGCUUGACGGCCGCAAAGGUUUAUCGUAAGGACAAAAGAUUUGUAUGUUUUCAAAUGGCUUGGAAUAUAAAAACCUUUUUGACACUUA